UAGGCGAAAAUCCAAUAAGUCAGGUGACGAUCCCUUGUGACAGUUCUUGAUUCACCAAAAAAUUAAUAAAAAUAUAAUAAAACUCCACAAAAAUGGCCCUACACGCAGCAGUUAAAGGAAAAUUGAUCAGUGUCAUCGGUGAUGAGGACACAUGCGUAGGUUUCCUAUUGGGUGGUAUUGGUGAAAUCAACAAAAACAGACAUCCCAAUUUCAUGGUUGUUGACAAAAAUACAGCAGUCAGUGAAUUGGAGGACUGUUUCAAGAGGUUCGUGAAACGAGAUGACAUUGACAUCAUCCUCAUCAACCAGAAUGUGGCUGAGCUGAUCAGACAUGUGAUUGAUUCACACACAGCACCAGUGCCUGCUGUGCUUGAGAUACCCUCCAAGGAUCAUCCAUAUGAUGCUAGCAAGGACUCCAUUCUACGUCGCGCAAAGGGCAUGUUCAAUCCUGACGACUUGUCAAUGUUCGGAGCGGAGAACUACUCUACAUAACUUUAUUUGUUUCAUUAAUAAUUGUAUUGUCCUGUCUCUGUAUGUUGAUGUUAUUCUGUACCUGUUACGU